AUGUUUGGUUACUGGCUCCCAGCGGCCGCUGUGCUGCUGGUGUUGUAUAUUGUCGGGGGAGCAAUUUACCGCCUGUUCUUUCACCCUCUCGCGAAGUUCCCCGGGCCCAAGUUGGCGGCGGUGACGGUGUGGUAUGAAGCCUACUACGAUGUGGUUGGGAAAGGACAAUAUAUCUUUAAGUUGAAGGAGUUGCAUGACAAGUACGGUCCCAUCAUCCGCAUCAACCCCAACGAGCUCCACAUCCGCGACCCCGACUACUACGACACGCUCUACAACCAGACGAACCGCCUCGACAAAUCUGACUACUUCUACCGCAUGCUCGGCAACCCCUACGCCCUCUUCAACACCAGCCCCGCCUCCCUCCACCGCAUCCGGCGCUCCGCCCUAAACCCCUUCUUCUCCGCCCAGGUAAUCUCCCGCUUCCGGCCGCACCUCCAACACGCGACAGACCGCCUCUGCGAACGCAUGGCCGCCUGCGCCGAGCACGACGAAGUGAUCCCGCUCUUCUACGCCUACCGCUGCCUCACCGUCGACAUCAUCUCCGAGUUCGUGUUUGGCUCCCAGCUCGGGCUCCUCGACCGCGAGGACUGGGGCCGUGCGUUCUACGCCGCGUAUCGCAGCCUGUGGGAUCUGUCGCCGCUGAUCCGGCAGUUCCCGAUCAUCAUGACGGCCGCGAUGGCGAUGCCGCGCUGGAUGACGGCCGUGCUGAACCCGAAGGCGCUCGAGGUUGUCGAUAUGUUUGCGGCGGUCGACGAGGAGACGCUGAAGUUGCUGAGGAGCGAUCCCGCGGAGGUCGAGAAGAAGCCGUAUCCGGUUGUCAUGUGGGAGCUCGCGAAGAGCGAGGUCACGCCGCCGGAGGAAAAGCGGUUCGAGGUGCUGACGCUGCAGGCGAAUGGGCUGUUGUCGGCCGGGUUCGAGACGACGGGCGCGGCGCUGGCGCACAUGACGUAUUGUGUUCUGGCGAAUCCGAAAACGCAGCUGAAGCUUGUGAGGGAGCUUGAGGAGGCGAUCCCGGAUCCCGGGAACGUCCCUAGCUGGCAGGUCCUCGAGAAGCUGCCCUACCUCUCCAGCGUCGUAAAGGAGGGACUGCGCCUCACCAUCGGCGCCGUAUCCCGUCUCCCCCGCAUCAACCGCACCGACUACAUGCGCUACAAGGAAUGGCAAAUCCCGCCCAACACCGCCGUCGGCAUGGCCGCCCUCUACGUCGUGAAGAACCCGGACGUCUUCCACGAUCCCGAGGCGUUUAUUCCAGAGCGGUGGCUCGAGCCUGAUGCGAAGGAGCUGGAGCGUCACCUUGUCGUCUUCAGUAAGGGGACACGCUCGUGCAUCGGGAUUAACCUCGCGUAUGCGGAGCUGUAUAGCGUCAUGGCGACGAUGUUUAGGCGGUUUCCGAACUUGGAGCUGUUCGAGACGACGGAUGAGGAUAUGGAGGGUGUACAUGACUACUUCGCUCCCAUGGUCAGGAGUGGUGACAAAGGGUUGAAGGUAAAGGUGGGGAGAUCUGAGAAGGCGCAGUAG